AGCUAUUAUAAGUAAAUGUGUAGUAUUUUGCAUUUGUAGACAAAAAGUAUUACUUGAUAAAGAUUAUGAUGAUUUACAGCUUAAUGAAUAUUCAAGAAGUUCAAGAUGUAAACUAAAUAAUAAAAAAUGA